AUGAAGUUUUAUCUAUUUUUCUUUGAUAGAUCUUUAGCUGAAAAAGUCAACAAGCUACAAGAAUCAUUAGAUGAUCGAAAAUUAGCAUUUAAUGCUGUAUCGGCAAAAAAUGUAUUACUUGAAGCAGACUUAACUGUAGUAACACAACAAUAUAAUGAUACACAAAAUGAAAUUAAAAAAGUGAAAAUUGAAAAAGAUCAUCUGGAAUUAUUUAAUAUUCAAGAAAAAUUUCAACGAGAUUUAAAUGAAAGUUUAGAAAUACAACGACGUUUAAGCGAAAAAAGUUCAUGA